AUGAGACUUCCUCUGUUUAUUCCUGCGAUCUCAUUUGAUUUCCCGCCCCUUUUCCUUGAUAACAUAAACCUCUACUACGCCUUCGACGCCAACUCGCGAGGGAAGGGCCAUGAGCCCAUGACCAAGGCUAGCUUUUGGUUGGGAUACGCUGCUCGCCGCAUCGAUAAUUCCAUCAUUGAUAAGAACCGCACAUUGGAGAUCGCCAUGCGAGUGGGAAAUUUAACUGGCUCGCCAUCUGGGGAUAAUAACGGUUGUGACGGAGUUUGGGGGCCACAGUGCUCAAACAACUUAAAGUCUCUGUUGAAGGGCGCUAUAUACGAUCUCUCAGCCAAGGGGGAUUAUUAUAGCCGUCCCUUAGAUACCGUGAUAAGCCAAAUGCGCAUUAACCCGCCGACUCUCGAUAGUUGUCCGCCGCCGUUCUUCGAUAUCCAGGCCUUCCCUGUUCAACCAUUUGGUCAAGAGACGGACGCGGACCUGUCCGCAACACUAAAAACCUCUGGAUCUAGCGACAGUCCGUGGAAAACAUGGUUUAUCGACAACAUGACCUCCAGCCAACAAGCAGAACAAGUGGCCGUCGCAAUCGUCAGUCGAGGUCCAUCCUAUAAUAGUCCACCGCCUCACAGCAAAAAUGACAUCCAGAUAGAGCUUGCUUGUGUUCAAGCUCCUUCGUCAGGCAGUUCAUCCAGUCAAGAUACGUAG